CCUUUUUUUUCUUCUAUCUAAUUGUAAGUGAAGAGAAAUGGAAUUUCCCAUCCUUGUCUUCUUCAUCUCACUAUUUUUCACUUGGCUCUUCAUCAAACUAACUAAAUCCACGAAGAAGCUGCUACCACCUGGUCCUACUGGCCUUCCAAUAAUCGGCUCACUCCUCCAACUCGGCUCAAAACCCAACCAAUCACUAGCCGAGCUAGCCAAAAUCCACGGCCCUCUCAUGACUCUAAAACUCGGCUCGAUCACCACCGUUAUAGCUUCCUCCCCCGAAACAGCCAAAGAAAUCCUCCAAAAACAUGACAAAACGUUAUCGGCCCGCGCGGUUCCCGAUGCAGUCACAUCCCAACCUAAUCCAGAAGCCACGUUGGCAUGGGUUCAGUCCGACAACAUGUGGAGGAACAAAAGAAGAAUAUUGAACACGCAAAUGUUCACUAAUCAAAAACUCGAUUCGCUACAAGAGCUACGCCACAAAAAAGCUGAACAACUCGUGUGUCAUAUACGAAAACUAUGUGAAAAUGGCUCCUCCGUGGAUAUAGGACGCGUGGCGUUUGCGACCAUGCUGAAUUUAGUGUCGCGCACUAUUUUCUCGAUUGAUUUGGUAGAUCCGGAAUCUGACAUGGCUCAAGAGUUUAAGGAUUUGGUUUGGACAAUCAAUGAAUAUGCUGGUAAGCCUAAUUUGUCUGAUUAUUUUCCGGUUCUAAAGUGGUUAGAUUUGCAAGGGGUGAGGCGUCAUGUAAGACCAGCGUACAUAAGGUUGCAUCAGAUAUUUGAUCAACUUAUUGAGAAGAGAUUAGGUGAUAGAGCGUCUACUCGGAAGAUGAAGGUAGCUGGAGAUUUUUUGGAUGUACUACUUGAUCAAUGUGAAGAUAAAGGGUCCGGAUUUGAUCGCAAAACUAUCAAGCCAAUUAUCGUCGAUUUAUUCGUUGCUGGAAGUGAUACAUCGGCCAUAACAACAGAAUGGGCAAUGGCAGAACUUCUCCGAAAACCUGAAGAACUCAACAAAGUACGACAAGAAAUUAUCCAACAAAUAGGCACAGAAAGGGCAGUUAAAGAAUCAGACAUGGACAAACUCCCAUACCUUCAAGCAGUCGUAAAAGAAACCAUGAGACUUCAUCCAGCAGGUCCAUUACUCUUACCUCAUAAAGCCCCACACGAUGUAGAAGUGUUGAGCUUUACCGUGCCUAAGGACAGUCAGAUUUUCGUGAAUGCUUGGGCUAUUGGAAGAGACCCCAAGUAUUGGGAAAAGCCACUAGAGUUUCUGCCUCUAAGAUUCAUGGAAUCUAGUGUGGAUUACAAAGGAAGAGACUUUGAGUAUAUACCGUUUGGCGCAGGGAGGAGGAUUUGUCCAGGAAUGCCGUUGGCUAUAAGAAUGGUGAAUUUGAUGUUGGCUUCUAUUAUUCAACCAUUUAAUUGGAAGUUACCAAAAGGGAUGACACCAGAGAAUUUGGAUAUGGAGGAACAGUUUGGAGUUACCUUAAAGAAGGCUAUUCCUCUUGUUGCAAUUCCUUGA